AUGUUGGAUCAAUCAAAGAAUAUUUUCUAUAGAAUUGGUACCUCAACUAUUGAUACAUUCGAUAUUUUUGGAUAACUGCCUAACUUCAGAGUCCUUGAGAAAAAUAAAUACACAUCUAUUGUUGGUUGUUGUAUGACCUUCAUUAUUGGGACAGCUACCUUAAUCUACUUAGUAGCUGAAAUAACAGCUCUUUUACAUAAGGCUGAACCUAAAGUUGUUACUUCUGAGCUUCAGAUAUUUGACUCAACAGUAAAUAUAAAUAGUUAUUAAAGUCUUUUCCACUUUACAAUGAUAAUUUCACUCUUGCAGUCACUAUUGCUACUAAAAAUUCAGAACCAAUUUUAGGAUAACUUAAAUAUUACAAUUUGACAAUGAGUCAUUGCAUAAGAGAAAGAUAGCUUAAUGAGACAACAGGCAAGGUUUAAGUGACUUUAAAGUAAAUUUUAAUUUGAAUUAGUUGCGCUCAAUUGCCCAUUGCACCUUGUGUUACCGAAGACUUUGAUAAUGAAUUAUAAAAAGAAUUUUUCAAAAAUACUAGAUUGGGUGUUGUUCAAUGUAUCAAUCGCACUAGACUCAGAAAUAAUCCCCCAGUAAUUUUUACUUAUUAAUUUGAGGUAUUAUAAGGUCAAAUCUCUGGCUAUAAGUAUUAAUACUUAGUAAUUGAAUUGAGCAUUUGCAAAAAUAAUACAGAAUAUUAAGGUUGUGCUCCAAUUGAAGAAAUCAAAAAGGUUUUAUCAGCAGGUCAUUAUUCUGUUUAUGCAAGCGAUUAUUUGAUGCAAUUAGAUCACCCUGGUACACCAUACUAAUAAUUAAUUAAUCUAGACAUAAAUAGUUUUUCAAUCUCAACUUCUAAAAUGUUAUAAUGGACUUAUAGAAUAUCAGAAACACAUACUGAUGAUGGAUUUCUAUUUUCUACAGAUAAAAUAGAUUUAAAUUUAAAAAAAUAAGACAGAAGAGAGUAUACUGAAUUAUAUAAUGAUGAUUAUCUUGUUUAUCAUUAUAUAUAAUUAGAUUACAAAGAAACAAUUUAUUAGAGAUCAUAUAUUAAGAUUUAGACAAUUUUAAGUAAAAUUGGAGGAAUUUGGCAAUUAUUUAUACUUAUUACUUCCUUAAUUCUAAAUCCUCUGAUCAGUAAUCUGAUGACAAUUUCAAUUGCUAAUGAAUUAUAUCGAUUUCCAAAUUCUAAUAAAUAAAGACAAAAAAACAUUGAGAUUAUUAAUUUAUAAUAAAGCGAUUAAGUUUUAGAUGUUCAAGAAUAAAUUCGAAGAUCCAGAGAAACUAAUACUGAAGAUAAACUUUCUACUGGAAUUUAUGAAUCACUCUUGAUCCUCUUAGGUUGUCAUAAAUAGAAAAGAAAAAUGUUCUACUAAGUUAAGUAAGAGAUACUUGCAUAAAUGGAUGUAGUGAAAAUCAUUCAAAAAUUACAUGAAAUAGAUCUGCUUAAAUUUAUUCUACUGAAUGAUGAAUAAUACAAAUUAUUUGAUCUGCUCCCUAAACCUGUAUUAUAAGAUGAAAAACUUUAAAAUGAAGACAUGAGUAAUGAUUUGGUCUCUGAAGCUGGAGUUCAAAAAAGCUUUAGACCUUUUAAUAAUAAGAAAUUAUAAUCAAAAAAUCUUAAGGAUUAUUAUUGUUCUUUUUCUUCUUUGUAAUAGGACAAAGGAAGAAGUAGUGUUGACGAUAAGUUGUUAUCUAUGAUUGAUAGAAAUAUAAUAUAAUUCUUUGAAUAGAUUUAAAUUUCAUAAUAACGACAUGGUAACUUAAGUCCUUUGGAUCCGCUAUUUCGAUCAAGAAUUGAUGAAUCUAUCAUAGAACCUAAAAUAUAAAGACCAAAAUGA